UGCUGAGUGCCCAGGGAGGCUGCUCCGGGAAGGUGACAUUGAAGAAGGAGGAAGAAGUUCAGGGCAAACCAGGCAGACUGUGGGGGCUGCAGAGGGGACUCCUAGGCAACAGCUCGGGGCAUCCAAGAAGCCAUGCGAUCUGCCCCCAGCCAUGUUCCAGGCAGGAAGAGCGCCAGUCAGGAAGUGUUCAGAAGACUGAGGCCUAAAAUAAAGAAAAAUGACGGCUGGACCAGGGACUGGCGAACGAGUGCGUUCCUGCCGGAGAUGGCUGUGGAAUGCCCUGGAGCCAGAACGUGGGUGGGGACUCUGACAGACGGGCCACUGAUGGAGACGUAUGGCAGGGCGGAUACCUGGCCAGCACUGAUGCUGUGAGAGGCCUUCAGGGAUGGAGAGUGGCCUUCCUGGUGACAGCACAGGAGAUGAGUUGGUGAUGAAGGUCAAGCAGGAGAAGCCAGAGUGGCUGCUGCAGACACAGGCUGUGCUUCCAGAGAAGGACAAGGAAAACAUUUUCCAGCAGCAUCAGGGCCUCCUGCCAUGCCAGACCAUGAGGCGACCUCGGGGUCUGGGAACACAGGAAGAGACUGGGAGUCCAAGGUGGGCUCCUCCCACUGAGCCGGAUGGGCUGCUGGCAGGCCACGCCCCCGGGGCCGCCCCGGGCCCUCUGAACUCCACACUUUCUGCUGGAGAGGGUCACUUUGUGUGCGUGGACUGCGGGAAGAGGUUCAGCUGGUGGUCGUCCCUGAAGAUCCACCAGCGCACCCACACUGGAGAGAAGCCGUAUCUCUGUGGCAAAUGUGGCAAGAGCUUCAGCCAGAAACCCAACCUGGCCCGCCACCAGCGGCACCACACGGGCGAGCGGCCUUUCUGCUGCCCGGAGUGUGCAAGGCGCUUUAGCCAGAAGCAGCACCUUCUCAAGCACCAGAAGACCCACUCUCGUCCCGCCACCCAUGCAUGUCCCGAGUGUGAACGUUGCUUCCGCCACCAGGUGGGCCUCCGUAUCCACCAACGCGCACACGCCAGGGACCGCCAGGGCUCCCGCGCUGGCCUGCAUGAAAUGCUCCGGGAGGCCGCGGUGCGCCGGGCCUGUCGCCUGCGGCCUGGGACACCACGGGGCCGCCCAGAGUGGGCCUGGCUGGGGCUCUGCCAGGGCUGGUGGGGCCAGUCUGGGGCCCGGACCUCAGUCCCUGGCCCCUCGGGGCCCGGCGAACAGCGCCAGUUCAUCUGCAAUGAGUGCGGCAAGAGCUUCACCUGGUGGUCAUCGCUGAACAUCCACCAGCGCAUCCACACGGGCGAGCGGCCCUACGCCUGCCCUGAGUGCGGCCGCCGCUUCAGCCAGAAGCCCAACCUGACGCGGCACUUGCGCAACCACACGGGCGAGCGGCCGCACCCGUGCCUGCACUGCGGCCGCAGCUUCCGCCAGAAGCAGCACCUGCUCAAGCACCUGCGCACGCACCUGCCGGGCGCACAGGCUGCGUUGUGCCCCAGCUGCGGGCAGAGCUGCCCGAGCCGAGCCGCGCUGCGGGCCCACCAGCGCGUGCACGCUGCUGCCGAGCGCCUGAGCCCUGGGCCUGGCCUCCCGGACGGGGAGUCGGGCUCCGAGCCACAAGCUGAGGCCCCCCAGGACUUGGCUGCGCAGCCCCGCAGUCCCCAGAGGCCACAGGGGGGUGGGCCCGCGCUGUGGGGCCGGGGACGUGGGGGCCUGGCGGGGCCCGGGGAGCAGCGCCAGUUCAUCUGCAACGAGUGCGGCAAGAGCUUCUCGUGGUGGUCGGCGCUCACCAUCCACCAGCGCAUCCACACGGGCGAGCGGCCUUACGCGUGUCCCGAGUGCGGCCGCCGCUUCAGCCAGAAGCCCAACCUGACGCGGCACCGGCGCAACCACACCGGCGAGCGGCCCUAUCAGUGCUCCGCCUGCGGCCGCGGCUUCCGCCAGAAGCAGCACUUGCUCAAGCACCAGCGCGUCCACCGCGGAGCUUUGUUGCCUCAUGCGGGCUCCCAGGAGGAGGCGCUGUAGUGCACGCGGCGCUGUGCGCCUGGCAGAGCGGAUUGUGUGUGGCGAAGUGGGGACAGGGACGGCCGGAAAGCUGGCUCUUAGCACCUCCUGCAUGAGACCCAUCAAAAAGCAGUACCUCGAGCCUCUGAGGCCCAGAGAACAGCAUUCCAGAAGUAUUUCAAUUCAAAGGGGAUCGAAAAAGUGCCCAGGGUGUGUUGAGGGAGGAGUUAAAAGAUCAGCACUCCUCACGCAGGAGCCUGGAUGAGUCUGUGGCGGGCUGCGCUCAUCUGUACACCAGUGUGUACCCCAGCCUCAGGAACCGAGUGAAGGGGCGGUUUGGCACCCUCCAGAGGUGCCUGGUGAGAAAUGUCCCAGGACUGGUCAGCUGAAGCACUGGCCUGUCACACUCUGGCUGCACAAUGGCCAGGGGACUGUCCGCAUGGCAAAGUAGAGACAGACUCCAGAAUUCCAGGAAAGGAGCAGAGGCAGUGGGUAGGGAGGGGCAAGCAUAGCCCCAGCACCAAGGCGAGUGCCACUUUUAGUGGCAUCCAAUAAAUAUUUCUGGAGGGGCUGAAGGGCUUGGUCCUUCUCUAGCCCUGAGUGGAAUGCUGGAUAUGACUGACUGGCCCUUGAACUGGCAUGUGUGUGAUGGUCAGGGACUGGGGUACAGGUGGGUGAUCUCGGUUGAGGUUUGGCCACUUGGGGAGGUGUGCUGGUGGGAGCCCAAGUGGGUGGGUGGCUGUGACUGACUUGGAUCUUUAUUCAUCCUGGAGUUGCAGAAGAGAAAAAUGAAGGACUGAC